UCCCACGCUUCUUGGUGUUCAGUAACAAGGACGCCAUGUACAACCUCGCCCGCGCCCGGCCGCUCACAAGCGCUCUGCGCGCUGCUGCUAAGUCUUCAUCGAGGCCGUCGGUCGCACAGCAGAGCAGAUUCUUGUCGAUACACGAGUACAGGUCCGCGAGCCUGCUGGAAUCGUACGGCAUUGGCGUGCCCAAAGGCGGAGUCGCAACCAGCGCCGCGGAAGCAGAGAAGGUCGCGAAGGAGAUCGGCGGAGAAGACGCUGUGAUCAAGGCCCAAGUCCUUGCUGGAGGCCGAGGAAAGGGCACCUUCGACAAUGGCUUCAAGGGCGGUGUCCGGGUCGUCUACUCGCCCCGUGAAGCGUCCAUCCUCGCCGACCAGAUGAUCGGCCACAAGCUCAUCACCAAGCAGACUGGAGCCGCCGGCCGGCUCUGCAACGCCGUCUACAUCGUCGAGCGCAAGUUUGCCCGCCGCGAGUUCUAUCUCGCCGUCCUCAUGGACCGCGCCUCGCAAGGCCCCGUCAUCGUCGCCUCGUCCCAGGGCGGCAUGGACAUCGAGGCCGUCGCCAAGGAGCACCCCGAGGCCAUCAUCACCACCCAAAUCAACAUCCACGAGGGCGUCACCGACGACAUUGCGCGCAACAUCGCCAACCAGCUCGGCUUCUCGGAGCAGUGCAUCGAGGAGGCCAAGCAGACCAUCCAGAACCUGUACAAGGUCUUCAUGGAGAAGGACGCUACCCAGAUCGAGAUCAACCCGCUCUCCGAGACCACCGACCACCGUGUCCUUGCCAUGGAUGCCAAGCUCAACUUCGACGACAACGCCGACUUCCGACAGAAGGAGGUUUUCGAGUGGAGGGACGUUACCCAGGAGGACGCCGACGAGGUCAAGGCCGCUGCUUCCGGCCUCAACUUCAUCAAGCUUGACGGUGACAUCGGCUGCCUUGUCAACGGUGCCGGUCUUGCCAUGGCCACCAUGGACAUCAUCAAGCUGAACGGCGGCUCGCCAGCCAACUUCCUGGACGUUGGCGGAGGUGCCACCCCCGAGGCCAUCAAGCAGGCUUUCGAGCUCAUCACCUCUGACCCCAAGGUCACUGCCAUCUUUGUCAACAUCUUCGGUGGUAUUGUGCGCUGCGAUGCUAUUGCCAAGGGCCUCAUCUCGGUCGUCGAGACCAUGAACUUGAGGAUACCCAUCAUUGCCCGGUUGCAGGGAACCAACAUGGAGCAGGCACACAAGCUGAUCAACGAGUCUGGCCUCAAGAUCUUUUCCAUCGACGACCUCCAGGCCGCCGCUGAGAAGUCUGUUCAGUUCUCGAAGGUGGUGAAGAUGGCGCGCGACAUCGACGUUGGUGUCGAAUUCACCCUCGGUAUCUAAACCCACCUCAUUUCCACCAGUCCUUCUCGGUCCAAGCCGUUUUUCUGAGACCGAUGCUCGCUGACUUGUGUUUCCUUUGGGUAUGUUCAAAGACCGCUAACGCCGCCUUUACUCCUCCGUCAGGGUAAAUAUAGACUGGGUGGAUUGGGGACGUGAUAGGGGUGAAGAUUUCACGAUUGUAUUAUUUUUGAUACUAUAGUACCCAUGUGCGCUUUUUUGUAUCUACUGCGUAAUGCAUGAAGAGCGGAUUCAUUGUCGGUUGCUGUACAUCUAGCAGUCCUUGUUUCGUACGUGAAUCGGCU